UUUACCUUUACAAAAGUUGUCAAGUUUUUAUAAUUUAACCGAAAAACCAAAAUUUUUAAAUAUGACCCGAAUUUUCGUCUCCAAAAUUCUUAGUUCACGUCACCUUAAGUCGUUAUUCAGUAAUUAUAGUUUAAGCAAGAUUAAAAACCCCUUUAUGUUCACGUAUAUAACAUUUCUGAGAAGUUCAAAAGACCCAAAAGCAAGCGAUAUUAAAACCAACUGGCGACAAUUUUCCGAUAAGCUCUCUCAAAAGGGAAGAGGCGAUGAGCUCAACUAUUUCCUAAGAAUUAGAAGGGAACAAUUUAUAAAGCUCAAUGAGCGCAAGAUCAAGGAAAUCGUGGCUGAUCUUCGGGUCUUGGAGGCUAAACUCAGUAAAAUUGGCAGCAAGACCACUGCUCAGCAAGAGAAAGCAAAACAGAAACUUAUAAUGGAAAUUAAAGAACUAAAAGCCGCACUGGAGAACUAUAAAAAAACUUUGAAAGAAGACAAAACCAAAUAAUAGCCAGAAAAUAAAACCCAAUUUAUUUUACUCUGUUUAUUAAGAGAAAACUUACCAAAAGGAAUGUUUAUAAAAUAUCAA